GCAGCUGGGGCUGGUCGGCCCGCGCAGGCCCGCGGCCCGCACCGCGCGAACCCCGCGGCGUCUUCCGGGCCGAGGCGGGGCUGGGCCGGAGAAAGGCGGGGAAGCGGGAAGGUGACCGGGGCGCGAGGCGGAGCCGGCGCGGCGCGGGGCUGCCAUGGGCUCGGUGCGCGGCGUGGGGACGCUCGUGCGGCCGGCGGCCUGGACGCUGAACCAGAGACGGGACAUCACCUCCUGGCUGGCCCAAUGGUUCCCCAAAACCCCAGCCAAGCCCGUGGUGGCCCUAAAAACACCCAUCAAGGUGGAGCUGGUGGCUGGGAAAACCUACAGGUGGUGUGUGUGUGGCCGCAGCAAAAAGCAGCCCUUCUGUGAUGGCUCCCACUUCUUCAAACGCACUGGCCUGUCCCCACUGAAGUUCAAGGCCCAGGAGACCCGCAUGGUGGCGCUCUGUACCUGCAAGGCAACCCAGAAGCCCCCAUACUGCGAUGGUACCCACAAGAGUGAGCAGGUGCAGAAGGCGGAACUGGGCUCCCCACUCUGAGGGGUGGCUCACCCCAGGGAUCCCAGCACCCAUAGCUGGUUGGUGAAGGGCUUGCUCCGAUAACCCAAGGUCUCCAAUCUGGGGCAGAUGGGAACAGGCCCUGGCUUUGAUGCCUGCUGGUGAAGAUGGCAUUAAAUAGACGUGCUAGCCCAGA